AUGUGUCCUCGAGCCCAAGAACCCGAUCUUCCUUUCUGGCCUGAUUGGGGAAUCCCCGACGCCGAGAAGUUCUGUGAGGGCCAGGUGUAUCCGGAUGUUUUGGAAGAGCAUAGGAGGAUGCUGGUCGGGCUCAGCCCCCUUUUCUCGACGAUGAAGGAGAUUGGGGAAGAGGUUUUAGACCUGGCAGAUAUUAGAGGCGUCGAGGGUAUGUCUUUUGAUCCUCGUGCUCUCCGGAACUUUGUCAGCACAAGGGGAGGCGCCCCUCCACAGGGGCAGCCCUCGAGGAAGAAAAGCAAGAAGAGGCCUCGAGGGGGUCCUGAGGGUGCGAGGGGGCUUGGCGAAACUUCUCGAGGACAUCCAGAAGUCUCGACCCCUCUGCAACCGAACCUCAGAUCUCCGACUCCUCGGGUCGUCACUCCUCGGCCUCCUUCUGAAGUGGUUGACCUCGAGGAUGAGCCGUCUCUCACUGGGGACUUUGGGACUUGUCACCUCGCUCCUGAGCUUGUAAACAAAUACAAAGAGGAGGUCAAGCUCGAGGAUGGGAUGAAGGUCCUCGAGGGUCUUACAGUGAAGAUGUUGAGUAUAGCUCGAGGACUCUCUCUGCAAGGGCUCGAGGAGGCCAAGAGGGCAGCUGGGGUCGAGACGUCCAUGGCCUCUAAGGACAGCAGGAUUCAAGACCUCGAGGCCCAGGUCGAGGUUUUACUGAAGGAGCGUGAUGACGCAAGGAGGGAGGCUGCGAAGGCCAGGGAUGACUUGGUUGCAGCAAAGGAUGAGGUCGAGGGGGCGAGGCUCGAGCUCAUCCAGAAGACAAAGGAUUUCGGGCGCGAGCUCGAGGCUGUCAGGGAGAGGGCUUGGGAGGAGUUUAAAACCUCCGAGGACUGCGACAAGAUAAAAGGGGAGUACGCGUCGGGGGCAUACUUCCAUGCUUUGAAAGAAGCCCGGGCCUUCCUUAGGCAGAAGUUGCCCGACGUCACUCCAAACGACCUGAAGACGGUGCCUUCCAUUGCUGAUACAUUGGAGCUAUCGGGUUCGGAAGAUGGAGGAGGAUCGGGUGGAGAUGAUGAGGAAGGUCUUGAGGACGACGUUGAGAUCGACAUCAGCAACCUCGACCCUCCUCUUGGCCACAUUGGAUGACUUCCCCACCCCGAUCCUUUGUAAUUUUUUGGUUUAAUUUCGACAAUGUAAAUUGAUCGAGGAUUAUGUAUGUUUAGUUAAUUUAUUCGAACUAUUUAUCUCAACCCCUUGGACUCCAUAUAAUCGAGCAAACAAAUUCGAAACUUACUGCUCACGCGAUAUUGAAGUGUUUACUCGAGGAUAGGGAUUAAAAGGUGAGACGAACAUUCUCGAGCACAAAUAAAAAAUAUGAUGUGUCAUUCUCGAGGACCGUAAAUCUCGAGCAUAAUUAACCUUAAAAAAUGAGGCCGUUCUCGGGGACUGUAAUCCCGAGCACAACUAAACUUUUAAAACUGAGUGACAUUCUUGAGGACUGUAAACCUCGAGCACAAUUAAUCUUAAAAA